CGUUGUCUGGCGACGUCAAGGUGCAUUUCGCGCUAGUGAAUCGUUAAUCGCGAGAAACACCGCGUCAACAUUCGCAUUGCACGCGACGAGCUACCCCACACCUCCAACCUCGCCCCUGCAAUUGAUCGCAAUGCUUGACGUCGAAGACUUUGACGCCGUGUUUCAAGGCCUGAGCUACACAGACGGCCUGGUACAGAAAAUCCAAGAGUACCAACAUGCGCUCGGUGGACAGACAUUCUUCGAGCGCCUGCUCGAGCUGCUCAAGAUCAAGGGGCGCAAAGCCUACCCUCCCAAGACACCGCAGCAGCUCCACGACCUGCACCAGCGCAUCGUCUCCUCCGAGACCACGCUCCACAACAAGCACUGCCUGAUCUUCUACCUCCUCAAAGACCUCUCACCCCAGCACCACGAAGACGACGAGCUCGCCACCGCCUUCGCGCGCGACGUGCACCUCGAAAAGCGCUUCUGGACCUUCAUCGAAGGCCUGUGGGCGCUGGACCACCUCGAAUUCGCCAUCGCAGUCGGCAACCUGACGCACCCGAGCAUCAUCCCCACGUUCCCGGACGAAAUCAUCUUCACGCUGCUGACGUGCCGCGAGAAGCUCGGCCGCCUGAACGUGCAGCACGGCGAGCAGGACGACGUGCUGCCGCUCGCGUACUACAACUGCGUCACGCCGCCGCUCGAGGACCAGCGGGUGCGCUACGAGUUUGCGCGCUACCUCGCACGCCGCAAUGUCACCGAGACGUAUGCCUGGAUCCACACGCGCCCGCUCCACGAGCAGCAGCCGCUGCUGGAGAUUCUGAUUGAGCAGACGCUGGAGAAGAGCGUGUGGAACAGCGGGGUGGGCGAGGAGGUGUACACGCGCGAGGAGAAGGCGAUGGAGUUGGUGAGCUUGCCGUUCAGUGCGGAGGAGGAGGAUGCGGUCGAGAAGUUCUUGACGACGGGGGGUGGGAGGACGUUUCGCAAUGCCGAGGAUACGGUUAUGAUGCGCAGGAUUGCUAUGGGCAGGCUGGUGGAUGUGGCGGACGAUCAGAGUACGAGGGGGCAGAGGAUGGAGGGUGUGGACUGGGAUGCGCUGAAGGGGGGCGUUAAGAGAGGGCUUGGGCCGAGGCGCGACGAGGAUGGGUUUGCGUUUUGAGGGUGCGUUGGCUGUAUGAGGAAGAUGUUUUGCAUAGCGAUGGCGUUGGGUCAGUUGAUACCUCACGGAUCUUGACGUAGUCAAUACAGGUUUGUGUCAUUCGUCUUGUUGCUCGAUCGUCCGCACUGCACUCUUUUACCUGGUUCACUCACGCAUUUGGUUCACAUAUACAUUCACA